GCUUUCCCUUCGUCACUUGUGUCGAAUCCCAUUAAUCAAAACAGCAAAAAGAAUUUCAAAGCGAAGGCACCACAGGGAACUGUUAAAUUCGCCACCGAGACGGAUAAAAAUGAAGAUCACGGCGUUGUUGGUGCUUAAAUGUGUCCCCGAGGGAGCCGAUCCGGUCAUCUUAGCGAAUGCAUCUGACGUCAGCCGUUUCGGCUACUUUCAACGUUCCAGCAUCAAGGAGUUCAUCGUCUUCGUCGGUCGCACCGUUGCCAAACGCACUCCGCCGUCGCAGCGUCAGUCGGUUCAACACGAAGAAUACAAGGUGCAUGCUUAUAAUAGAAAUGGGCUAUGCGCGGUAGGAUUUAUGGAUGAUCACUAUCCAGUUCGGAGUGCGUUCUCACUUCUGAAUCAGGUGUUAGAUGAGUAUCAGAAAAAUUUUGGCGAUUCAUGGAAAACUGUCCAGGCAGACAGCUCUCAACCAUGGCCCUAUCUGAAUGAAGCUUUGACCAAAUUCCAGGACCCUGCAGAGGCUGAUAAGUUGUUGAAAAUUCAAAGGGAAUUAGAUGAAACCAAGAUUAUCCUUCAUAAAACUAUUGAUAGCGUGCUUGCACGGGGUGAGAAGUUGGACAGUUUAGUUGAUAAGAGUUCAGAUCUUAGCGCAGCUUCGCAGAUGUUCUACAAGCAGGCAAAGAAAACAAAUCAAUGUUGUACCAUACUGUAAGUGCAUUGAGGCAAGGCAUGUUUAUCCUGAAAUGGCCAUAUUCACAUGGCAAAAGGGUGAUCAUAAUAUGUUUAUAUCAUUUAUCAAUUGUUUGGUUGGAAGAUUUGUGGUUUUCAUCUUCUGGGUGUUAAACUCCACAAAUCUUUCGUGUUUUAGUACUUAUACGCUUCCUGCCCUCAAACGUAGCUUGUGACCUUGUGUAUGUGAUUCUCUUGUUCUGAUUAUACAGUAUAUGCCUAUGUUUUCUGUA